GUUUACACACCGCACCUGCAGUUUACUAAUUUAUGGCUGAGUCCACCUAGGCGCGGGGUAAGGCACAGGCCCGGUUCGGCUCUCACCUGCCAUUGACUGAUGUUGUCCGUGAAGGUAAAGAUCCAUCGCUCGGUGCGCUAACCGCUGCGCCACCGCUCCCCACUCAUCCCCCACCCCAUCCCCCCACAGCUGCCGCCGUCACCGGCCGCUCUCGUUGCGUGGAGCAGCAUCGCGGAUGAGCCGGGCUCGAAGCGGCUGCAUCCCGCCAGUGCUGGCUGUUGUCGACCUCAUCAUCAACCUCCUUCGCUUCCUCCAACUGGUCCACCUCUUUAUCAUCAUCAUCAUCAGCAGCAGCAGCGUCCUACUCCUCCUCUGCUCGCCAAUGAUCAUCGUCACAGCUGCGUAGGGGGAUGGGACCCUGCGCGCUCGGGAGGCGCUGCGGAUGAGAGAGGCUCAAAGGCGGACGCGGAGAGAGCGGCGCAGCGGAGGCGGAUGCGUGCGAUGCUGCCGCUCGAUGCUUCUGGCCCCCCGCGCCGUGGUGGUGGCAGCCGCCCCCCGCCCCCUGCUGCCAGCUGUGUCCCCGCGCCCCGCAUGACCCACAUCUCCAUCUCCUCCGCGCUAACAAAAGGAGCGCUAAUGAAUUGACAAGAGUCUCGCUUUUGCAAGGCGUGCUCCCGUCUCGUUGGAAUAGCGAUUACCGAAAUAUAUUAUUAUAAUUCGCAUUAUCGUCGUUAUUAGGUUUCUAAUUUUAGCAGCAGGGCUGCGUGGCGGCCUGGGGUGGGGGGGAAAUUGUUGAAGCGAUCCAGAGCGAGCGAGCGAGCGUGCGAGAGGGGAGCGACUCCGGUGGCGGGCGACGCUCGCCGGGGUGCGGUGCAGAGAGCGCACGUGAGGAAUGGAGACGGGGAUGUAAAUCGAUUCGAUUAAUAUAUAUGGCUUUUCAUUUUGGAAGCUGCCACCGGCGUUCAGCGAUCGCGCGUCGCCGCUAACCGCCGCCGUAGCCCCCAGCCGGUUGAAUUCUCAGCGGCGAUGAUCGCGCCAGGAACUUGAAUUUCCCUUCGCCUCUCAAGGUGGCCUGGAGGAUGGCGCGCAGCUGCGGCGCUCGCGCGGGCUGCCCCGGCUCGAACCGCGCGCCGGCAAACCCGACAUAAGCGGCUGACGGCGAGAAUCCUCCGGCCGGCUUCUUGCCAAUCGCCUGCCGCGGCCCCCGCCGUGGUGUUCGCUUGAACCGCAUCCGACCGACCGCGUCGGCGAAUCGGAUGCUUCGCCGGGGUCGCGCCAUCCGACGGCUCGCCACCAGCUCCCCGUCGUCGCCGCCGGCACCUCCGGACGCCACCGUCCAUUCGAGCGUCUUUUGGACGUCGCCGUCGGCCGACCGUCGUGCCCCGAGGCAGCGGCCGCCGCUGCCGCGACCGCCCCCGGCCGUGCCGGGACUCCCCGCUCGAUGCCACCCCUGAGCAAGUGGAGGGACUUGAGCCACGCGCCGACGAUGAGCGCCGACGAGCCGCGGGCGCCCUACAAUCAGUCACUGUCGUGGCUCAUCUGCGCCCUCGUGGCGUUCUUUGCCAACGUGUGGGGCAUCCUGAGCGUGACGGCCAAGCAGCACAAGUGGAAGCCGCUGGAGAUGCUGAUCUGCGCGCUGGGCGCGACGCACGCCCUCAACGCGGGCGUCCCCAUCGCCAUGUACUCCGUCAUCCAGAUGCGCAAGUACUCGUCGGACUUCGAGUGGAACGAGGGCGUGUGCAAGGUGUUCGUGUCCACCUUCUACACGCUCACGCUCGCCACCAGCUUCACCGUCACGUCGCUCUCCUACCACCGCAUGUGGAUGGUGCGCUGGCCCGUCAACUACCGGCUGAGCAACGCGCGCAAGCAGGCGCUGCAGACCGUCGCGGGCGUGUGGACGGUGUCGUUCGUGCUGUGCGCGCUGCCCGCCGUCGGGUGGCACGACACGGCCGAGCGCUUCUACCACCGCGACUGCCGCUUCAUCGUGGGCAAGAUCGGCCUCGGCUUCGCCGUCUGCUUCCUGCUGCUGGUCGCGGGCAGCUCGGCGAUGAGCGUCGCCUGCAUCGGCGUCGCCUUCUUCCAGACAGUGCGCGCCGGGUGCGGGCGCGGGCACGCCGCCGCCGCCCGUGGCGGCGGCGGCGCCUCGGACGCCGCGUUCACGGUGCCCGCCAUCGUGGUGGAGGACGCGCAGGGAAAGCGGCGCUCGUCCAUCGACGGCUCCGAGUCGGUGCGGACGUCGCUACAGAUCACCUACCUCGUAACGGCCGUCGUGGUGCUCUACGAUGCGCUGGCUGCCAUGCCCAUCAUGGCCGUGAGCUUCGUGAGCAUCCGGCACGACGCGGCGCGGCCGUGGAUGGUCAUCGCUUGCCUCUGGUGCUCGCUGGUGCAGACCAUGCUCUUUCCGGCCAUGGUGUGGCUGUGCGAGCGCUACCGGGCCGACUGCCGCGCCAUCUGGGACAAGUGCCUCGCCCUGCUGGCCAGCGACGAGGAGAAGUCCGCGGGCUGCCCCUACGCGUCCCCCUACGGCUCGGCGCAGCGCUUCGACCCGCUGGCCCCGCCCGAGACGCUCAGCGUGGAGCGCUUCACGCGCGGCGGCGGCGGCGGCGGUGCCGAUGGCUGCGGAACCGCCGGGGAGCCCGGAGAGCCGGGGGGCUCCGAGCUCCACCUCGGCCUCGACAGCUUCCCCCUCUGCGAGCUGCCGCAGGGAGACCGCAUGCAGUACCUGCAGGUGCCGCAGACUCGCCGCUUCUCCCACGACGAGGGUGACGUGUGGCAGGGCGCGCAGACCGCGUACCUCCAGGUCUGGGCGCCCACGGUGGGGGGCUCCGAGGUGCUCCACAUCCACGGCGCCGUCAAGCCGGGCGACCCGGGCCCCGGCGGGAGCUACCUGCUCGCGCCGUAUUCCGACCCGCAGCUCGCCGGCCACCCGGCCUACCACCACCACCACCACCGGCAGCGGCAGCGGCGCCGCCUCUCCGACGACUACGGGGCGCUCAUGCGUCAGCGGCUGCCGUGCGGCGUGGGCGACGACGCCGGCCAGGAGGGCGACGAGACGGCGGCGAGGGCGCCCGAGUCGUCGCGGUACGUGAGCCGCGAGGACGUGGCGCGCUUCAUCGACCGGACGUCGGUGCCGCUCGGCGGCGGCGGCGGUUCCGGCGCCACGGCGACGGCGACGGCGCCGGCCGACUCCGGCGAGCCGCGAACGAUCGUGCUGGCGGACUUGGCGGAGGAGCCGCGGUGCAGGCACCCCGCUCCCCUCUGUCCUCACCCGGGCCCCGGCCCCGCUCCCAGCGCCGACGCGGGAGGAGGAGGCGGCGGCAGGGACGACGGUGCUGCGGAGCGGACUCGGGUCCCCGGCGUCGACGGCCCCGCGGGGGGAACUCCGACGCGCCACGGCGACGCCCGAGGACUUGCCGCGCCGGUCGUCUCGGUGUCGCCGGCCAGAGGGGCCGCCGCGGAGCCGUGCGACCGCGCGGCCGGCGCGACGUGCGACGGGUCGGACGGCGCCGCCGCCGUCGCCGCCGGCGCUCGGUCCGCGUGCGAGCGGGGAGCGCCGGGGGAAGCCGGCGCCGCGGCCGCGAGCGAGGGCGCGGCGUCGUAAGCGAAUGCGUGCGAGGCGGCGAGCCGGACCGACCGACCGACCGGCCGACUCGCUCGCCGUGCGGAAAGAAGACGGACGGAGCGGCCGUUGGUCGUCGCAGGCCGUCGCCUCGGCCCGGCGGUGGUGUCGGAAGCGGGCGUUCGACGGAGCCGAGCUCGGACCUGUCCUCGCGACGCAUUGCGCGAGCUCGGGAUUCGACGCAAGCGCGCGAACGAAAGCGAGCGGAGUCGCUGUUGUUGCGAAGUCGCGAAAAGAGGCUCCUGCGUGCCGAGGACGGUGGUGAGAAAUGUCACGGCGUGUCUCGGUUGUAGGAAAAGAAACACGUGGCCCAGAACAAGCUGUGCAUUUUAAUGGAAAGGAAACGUAUAAAACAUUUUAAAAAUUGAUUUCAGUGUUCUUUUUUCUCUACUCCUUUUGCACAGGGCUCAAGUCUUGCAUCGACAUGAGAAAAAUGUAAUUACAGAGCAAGAAGUGCCUGGGGUGUGCUGGAGAGAAAGCCAUUGCUUCUUAAAUAAAAUAAUUGCUUCUCAAAAACAAGAACGCUGGUGAACGUCGGGCGAUCUUACAAAAGCCUCGGGCAGCUGUGUGUACAGGCACAUGUUUAUCUAACCUCCACCCCUCGAUGAGUGGUGAGACUGUGCUAACAGUCGUUUUAUCACUCUGAAAGUCAUACCAUGAGAUCAUCGUGAUCAUUAUAAGCCAUGGUAUAUCCACUGCUGGAUGAAGGCUUCAUCACGCUGUCGCCAUUCCUAUUGGUCCUCUGGUAAGAAUCUGAAUGUUUAUUUUUCCUGGAGAAAUACGAUGAGCUAUUUUUUUCACAGAUGUCCAGUAGGGACAGGUCAGAACGUUACAACAACAAACAAUUCAACAACACAGUCCAUCUCACUCCUUCACACGAAUCGGUCUUAACACUGCCGUCUCCCCGGUGACCUACGUGGGACACGUUCUGCUCUACGCGUUGCGGCCGCCAUUCCUCCGUAAGGCCUGUCCAUGGGUCGUCAUCCCUUCCCGUGGAUGCGUCCUGCCCAGGCCCACUUGCUGUUCUAAACAGUCCGUUUGGUGUCUGUGAUUUGCAGUUGCUCACGGAUCCGUAUGCUCCUCUUUCUGUCUUGCAGUGCAGUUUAUUUCAAGUACAAGUUUGGGCCUUUACAUUCCUCUUCAGCCAUGUUUCCUUUUCAAAUUCCGGCAGGUCCCAGAAUUCCCACUUAUCGAGCAGAGCCACACUUGAGUCCAAGGACUCAUUAUCAGGAGGGUGCUGCUACAUUUGGGUUUUUAUUUUAAGAUGUUUCAGCAAGUUAAUGGGUUGUUUAUUAUAUGUGGGGGAGGAAACCCACGCACGUGAGGGGGAAACGCUCUAUCCCCAUACAGAUAGAAACAGAUGGCGAUUACUCCACCGCCUUCUCCUGUGCACCACCUUCUGGCGAGCCAGGGUAUGGCACCACCCCGUCGCCCACGGGAAGGGAGUUUCACAAUGCCAUCUGUGCGGUGAUUCACCAACCCUAGGUGCUGCCACGUGCAGCGCAGCUACCGCCGCUGCCCGGCUAUCCGCCGGUUACCCUCAGAGCGGAGCUAGUCAGAACCCAGCUGUUGUCACGGCUUGCCGAUCAGGCGCGGGUCAGCUCAUUUUUAUCGCGUUGUCGCCUGACCCUAACCCAAACGGAAACCCGUAAAAACGUACAAUUCCGACCUGCUUCGUGGGUCGCCGUGGGUACCCGUGGGUACCCGAAUCUGUUAGUAAUUUCAGGACCGCAACGUUUCCCUUGCUGCUGUUAGCCACCAACUUCUAGAGGAUUUUUCCAUACACUAAUUCUGGUUGGGGGGGGGUUAAUGGGAACUGAAUGGCCUCAGCAUUCAGAUACCCUCGUGUGAGUUACCCCAUCGGGCGGAUUUGAGUCCAACGUUUUUAAAUAAUACAACGUGUGUUUUCGGUGAAGAAUUUGGAAUCGCAUAUCUGUUGUCAGAUAUGUCUCUUCUGCAGUGCACUCAAAACGACGUCUCUCUCUGGGCUGUUAUUCAUGAGAUGUGACCUUUGUGACUGUUUAACGAUGCAUCUUUACAGGAAUCGGCGCGAUUAAUCUCACUCCGGUAACGUCUGAAAAAUAUGAAGCUGAUUAAAACAAAAACCCGUUUUAUUAGGAUCCCCGCUCGAUGUUGUGCAAUGUACAUAAUAUACGUAACGUUUUUUUGUUACGUUUUCCUAAAAUGUAAAUAACACAGUGUAAUUUGUUAGGUGUAAAAAAAAUAUGUUUAAAAAACACGAAACGACAACUUUUGUACAAAAAACUAAAUCCGUUUGCAUGCCCUGUCUUGCGAACCGAUAUCAGUUGCAGCGUUGGGUUCACAAACCCGCGAACGUGCGCGGUUUGUCAAUUCGUCCGUUUAUCGAAUCGUGAUUUUGACAUGUCGAGUCUUCGCUGCGUCGCCACAACCAGCGGCGCGAUUGUUUUAUCUUUUAUUCUCCCCCCCCCCCCCGUGCUGUUGAUGGUGCACUUACGAGAUUUGACGGUGCACUGACGAGAAUACGAACACCACUGCCGUGUGCCGCGUGCCGCGUGCGUUGAAGACACCCGCUAAGAGCCAGUGUACAAUGGAGUACACUGGCUCUUAGCGUCACGUGGCGCUUUAUGGGUACAGAAAAGUCUACGGACUUCACCUGCCCAUUGCUUGUUCGCAGCUAUGACAGCAGCUCUCAAACAGCAGUCCUUUAUUCAAAGGCCACUCCCCAACCUCUGCCUUUCCACAGUCUACCAAAUCUUCUUCUUUGUUGUUCCCACGCAGUUCGAGGUGGCGCUUGGCUGGUGAGCGGAGUGAUGUUCGCUAUCAGUCUGUUGCUUGACUUGGGAUGAUUGCGUAACAGGGGGUGAAUUGAAAAUCACCGAAUUUGAAACAACGCAAUUGAAUCGCUCCGGCAUUAAUGUUUCGGUCUGGCGGUUUCAAUGGCAGAAUGUUUGCAUAUUUUUUUAGCGCAGACAUUCGAUGCGGUGGCUCGUACGCUGCACCGCAAACCUGGUGACAUGGGUUCGAUUCCCAGCCACGGCUAACAACUUUCACUGGCCACUUGAUGAUACCCUUGGGAAAAAACGUGGCUAACAUCAGUGGCGUAUGAUAUGUUAACCAGUCCCGGCAAGACCCCUCUACGCUAACCCGCAUUGACCAGCUUGGCGAAGCAUGGUCAAAAAACCCACAUGACCGACAAGCCAUUGGGGAGCCUUCACCCAGAAGAGUUGUCAAUUAUCAUACUUGUCAUCUGAAAAUCAAACGUGGUUGAAUUUGUUUUAUUUUACAUGUGCUCUCAUUUACAUUGAAGCAGUGGUGAGUGGCAUCUUUAAAGUUACAUCAUCCUCAUUUGUCAUCUACGGAUGCCGAUGCUGUGAUGAUGAAUCCAUGUACUGCGUGCGUUCACCUUUAUAAAGAGGCUGACUCUGUGUGUGUGUGGGGGCGUGUAUAGCCCAUGGGCUUGUAAUUACCAACAUCGGCGCAUCCACACAACAUCAUGGAUGCAUGCCGGGUCCAAGCAAUAACAUCUGCUGGACUACAUAGU